CUUAGUAAAGAUCCUUCUUCUUCCCUUCAUCCUGCAGGAGCUCAUGGUGGCUCUGUGGCCAAGGCCAUUUUGGAGAGCAAAACCUUUGCUGUGAGAGCAGUGACCAGGGACCCAACUCGAACAAAGGCCCUGGCGCUCCAGGACCUUGGCGCCAAGGUGGUAAGAGGUGAGUUGAAUGAUGAAGCAUCAGUGGAGGCUGCUUUAAAAGGUGCCUAUGGGGCUUUUGUGUUGACCAACUUCUGGGACCACUUCAGCAAAGAGAAGGAAGUGUGUCAAGGAAAGCUGGUGGCGGAUGUGGCCAAGCGCCUGGGUUUGCAGCACGCGCUGUUCAGCGGCUUGGAGAACGUCAAGACGCUGAGCAGCGUCAAGCUGGAGGUGCCGCCCUUUGACGGGAAGGGAGAGGUGGAGGAGUGUUUCUGGUCCAUCGGCGUUCCCAUGACCAGCGUCCGCGUGGCAGCUUACUACGAAAAUUUUGUCUCAGUGUGGAAGCCGGCGAAAGCCACUGAUGGAGAUUACUACACCUUGGCAAUGCCCAUGGGGGACGUACCAAUGGAUGGCGUCUCUGUUGCUGAUGUGGGAGCAGUCGUCUCUGGUAUUUUUAAUUCUCCGGAGGCGUUUUUAGGCAAGGCUGUGGGUCUCAGUGCAGAAGCUCUAACCAUAUAGCAAUAUGCUGAUAUUUUGUCCAAGAUCUUGGGGAAAGAAGUCUGCGAGGCAAAGGGUGACACUUUACGAGAGACCUCCUCGCCCCUCCUGCUCAUCGCCAACACGGCUGCCAGUCUGUAUUCCUCGCCUUCAGGCUUCCCAGUGCUUAUGAAAGAGAAGAUCCUCCUUAGAUAUGAUGGCGACACUGUCCCUGACUUGGAGAUCCUCACAGCUUAG